AUGGCUCCCAAGGUUGCUAUCGUCUUCUACUCGCUCUACGGCCACAUCCAGAAGCUGGCCGAGGCUGAGAAGAAGGGCAUUGAGUCCGCCGGCGGCCAGGCCGACAUCUUCCAGAUCGCCGAGACCCUCUCCGACGAGGUUCUGGUCAAGAUGCACGCCCCGCCCAAGUCUUCUUACCCUAUCGCUGAGCCCAACGACCUCCUGGCGUACGAUGCCAUUCUUUUCGGUAUUCCUACCCGCUACGGUAACUUCCCUGCUCAGUGGAAGACCUUCUGGGAUGCCACCGGCUCUAUCUGGGCCACUGGCGGCUUCUGGGGCAAGCACGCUGGUGUCUUCGUUUCCACCGGCACCCCCGGUGGUGGCCAGGAGUCCACUGCUAUCUCCUCGAUGAGCACCCUCGUCCACCACGGCUUCCUUUUUGUCCCUCUGGGUUACAAGACCGCCUUCCCUCUCCUCACCAACCUCGACGAGGUCCACGGUGGUAGCCCCUGGGGUGCUGGUACCUUUGCCGGUGCCGAUGGCUCUCGCCAGCCCUCCGCCCUCGAGCUCCAAAUCGCCGAGAUUCAGGGCAAGGCCUUCUACGAAACUGUCUCCAAGGGCAGCCAGUGA